CUGCCAUGCGCCGGUCAAAAGUCGGAGCGCUCAGUAAAUAUGGAGGGGUUUCUCUUUCGCCGUGUCCCUUCUGUGCUGCGGGGCCGCCCGUGGCUGCCGCGCCUAGUGUCCAGCCGGAGUCUCUCCUCGAAAAGGCUGAACGUGCCCAAGAGCGCCACGGAAGUGGCACGUCCUGUCGGAGUUUGCUCCAUGAUGCGGCUCCCAGUGCAGGAUUCCUCGCAGGGCUUGGAUGCUGCCUUUCUCGGAGUGCCUUUGGACAUCGGCACCUCGAAUCGCCCUGGUGCCAGGUUCGGCCCUCGACAUAUCCGAGCAGAGUCAGCCAUGGUCAGAGCAUACAACGGUGGUACUAAGGCAGCCCCUUUUGAAUCUCUGAUGGUGGCUGACAUUGGUGACAUCAAUGUGAAUCUUUAUGACCUGAAGGAGAGCUGCAAGAUUAUCAGGGAAUCCUUUAAGAAGAUUGUAUCCACUGGCUGUAUACCCCUCACCAUGGGUGGUGAUCACACUAUAACAUACCCAAUACUACAGGCAUUGGUAGACAAAUAUGGUCCAGUAGGAUUGGUUCAUAUUGACGCACACGCAGACACAAGUGAUAUUGUGCUUGGAGAGAAAAUAUGCCAUGGGACGCCAUUCAGGCGCUGUGUGGAUGAGGGAUUGCUUGACUGCAAACGGGUAGUACAGAUCGGGCUCCGGGGUUCUACUUAUGAACUGGAUGGUUAUCUUUGGGGCCGAGAACAGGGUUUCCGUGUAGUUACUGGACAGGACUGUUGGCUACGUUCCCUUGCUCCACUAAUGAAUGAGGUGAGGCAACAAAUGGGAGACGGCCCUGUGUACAUCAGCUUUGAUAUUGAUGGACUGGACCCAGCCUUUGCACCCGGAACUGGAACUCCAGAGAUUGCAGGUCUUCAACCAAGUCAGGCUUUGGAAAUUAUCCGAGGGUGUCGGGGGAUGAAAAUAGUCGGCUGUGAUUUGGUUGAGGUUGCACCGGCAUACGAUACUACUGGGAACACAGCUCUGACGGCCGCCAAUCUGCUCUUUGAGAUGCUUUGUGUUCUGCCUAAUGUUAAGUAUCUUUGAGAUUUACGGGUUAUUUGGGUUAAACUGUUAACAUAAGCUCAAGCUGGGGAUUCACCUUACAGUCAAAUCCAUUUUAUAACAGCUCCAUUUAACUUGCUGUGUACACAAUAGAAGAUAUAAUAAAAAGAAUCUUUAAUGUGCUGUAA